UUAAUUUACUUUUUCGUUUUGAUUUUAUGCAUCAUCAUCAUCUCUUUGUUUUUGAAAUUUAUAAGUGCACAAAUCUUAUUUCAAAAUAUAUAAAUACUUUAUGAAAAUAUCAGUGGAGAGGCACAAUCCUAAUUCCUAACCGCUUAGAAUCUGUUGUAAUCUCACUACUCGCGUACAUUGCAUCAGUCACUUCCAAAUACGGAAUACCCCAUAGUUUUCAUGGCAAUACAUCAUUGAUUUCUUGAUUAGAACCCAAGCAAAUUCCUCCAAUCUCCGGUAUGAAAAUCAAGACACAGUUUAUAUCGGGAAAAGCUGCCUUUAUUUACUAUACUGUGUUAUGCUCACUAAUUUCUUAGUUUAAUUGAUUAUUGUGGUGUUAAUGUUUUUGAAUCUUGGAUCAUAAUUGAGUUCGUCAUAGUUAGUUUAAAUUUCUCGAUGUUAUGAAUCGAACAAUUUAAUCUUUUGAUGGGCGAAUUCAGUUAAGGCAUGGAUGGAAUCAAUUCACUUAUGAUGUAGCAUAUGCUAAUUUAAUAGUUGCAAUCUCACUUGUAAUUGGUUGAUUGGUUUCAUAUCUGUUGAAAAGGAGGGAUGUGUAGGAGAAUCAUUAGGGUCUCUCUUGCUGUAGACUUCAAAAAUGCUCUGUCACAGUGUAAGUUGUGAUAAGUUCGUGUUUAUGGGUAAAUGUCUGCCUAAUUGCUCAACUAGUCACAUCUUCAAUGCCUGAGAAUUUGGCUCUCUUUUUCUGAAAGACUUUCAAGAUAAAUACACAAAGUAACCUUCUCUAAUCAUGAUGGCUGCUUCCUGUUUGAGUUCAUGAAUUAUGAUGCUUUAUUUUCUGCAUUUACUUUUCAUAAUGUGGCAGCAAUGAGCAAUGAUCCUAAGAAACAAGAAAGUCACAAACAGCAGUCGUGUAGGGAUGUUUCGCUGGGUAAUGAGUUGUGGACGGAUGGACUAAUAUGUGCUUUUGAGUUCAUACGAGGUAAUAGAAAACCUCAUCAUUCAGGGACUGGCUUGAAAGUCGAGUCUUCGCAAGCUAGUGCUGUCGACAAGUCACAGUAUGGUGUGUAUGGAGAUACAGACACUUAUGAUGUUGAUGCUCUAGAUGAGCAAUCUCAAAGACACGAGCAUCAUUUAGGCUGUUUUCAUCCGCGUGAGAGAUCUUUUGGGAAUUACUGGAUACCAAUCGGGUGGAAAAGGAUAUCUCAGCUACUUCAGACAUUGCAAGUUGAUGCUGUUUGGGCGUCCCAAUCUGUUGAGCUAGAUGAUGAGGAUGAUGUGGCUGUAGCAGAUGUUGCAGCUCCUUACUGGGAGCGUCCUGUGGGCCCCACAUGGUGGUGCCAUGUGGAUGCAGGCUGCCCUUUUAUCAGUUCAUGGUUGAGCAACGCUCAGUGGCUGCAUCCUGCGAUAAGCACUGCAUUGAGAGACGAAAGCAAGCUGAUAAGCGAACGGAUGAAGCACCUCUUAUACGAGGUUCCUGUCAGAGUUGCCGGAGGGCUGCUGUUUGAGCUGUUAGGGCAGUCAGUUGGGGAUCCUUAUGCAGAAGAAGAUGACAUCCCGGUUGUCAUACGAUCUUGGCAAGCACAGAACUUCUUGCUGACUGCAUUGCAUGUCAAAGGCUCGUCUUCAAACAUUAACGUGUUGGGUGUUUCCGAAGUUCAGGAACUCCUUGCAGCUGGAGGUAGCAACACACCACGAACGAGUCAUGAAGUUAUAGCUCUACUUGCUUGCCGCCUUGCUCGCUGGGAUGACAGAUUGUUUCGCAAAUACAUUUUUGGAGCCGCUGAUGAGAUUGAAUUGAAGUUCAUGAAUAGGAGAACUUAUGAAGACAUGCAUAUGUUCAGCAUAAUUCUAAACCAAGAAAUUCGAAGACUUUCAACACAGGUAAUCAGAGUAAAAUGGUCUUUACACGCGAGAGAGGAGAUACUGUUCGAGCUUCUCCAACACGUGCGUGGCAAUGCUGCAAGAACUAUGCUUGAGGGCAUGAAAAAAAGCACAAGGCAAAUGAUUCAGGAACAAGAAGCAGUCCGAGGACGUUUGUUUACAAUACAAGAUGUCAUGCAGAGCACUGUUCGUGCAUGUUUGCAGGAUCAGAGCCUCCACGUGCAGCAUAACCUAGGAGUUUUCGGAGGCUGCGGCCUAGUUCUCAGCAUCAUCACCGGGCUGUUUGGAAUAAAUGUGGAUGGAAUUCCAGGAUCUGGGGGUGCCCCUUAUGCAUUUGCCGUGUUCUCUGGUGGCCUCGUCUUGUUAGGAGCGGUGCUCAUAGGAAUCGGGCUGAUCUAUCUGGGACUGAAACGGCCGUUGACUGAAGAGAAGGUGGAGGUGAGGAAGCUGGAGCUUCAAGAAUUGGUGAAGAUGUUUCAGAAGGAAGCUGAAUCUCAUGCUCAAGUGAGAAAGAACUCCAAAACAUCUUCUAAAGCUGCAGAGAUAUUUGUUAAUGGCACGAGCUUGCCAGAAGAGGAGCCAAUGACAUUCGAACAAAGGGAUGUGGCCCGUCUCCCUGGGCCGUCAUAGGCAAGGUCGAUGUUGAUGAGCUUCACAUUCUUGCACGGCAUAGCCUUGCUGCAUUGCAAAUUCACCGCCACUUGUGUGCUUGACACCCCAAAUAUAUUCUUGAAUGUAACAUCUUGUAUUUGGACAGCUGAGCUUGAAUGCCCCUAUAUAUACACACAAAUAAAUAAUCAAA